AUACGCGCCCUCCUCCACCUUCUCUCCUCUCCCUUCCCCUGUUCGGCUCCCAAAAUCCCCUCCUCCGUCGCCGCCUCCCGUCCGGUCGUUUCCGAGCCUCGUUGGGUGGCACGCCGGCGCCGGCAUUGGGGAUAGCCUCGCCGCCUCUGUCCGUGUUGGCUGUGAUUGUGCGCAAUUAAUGUCCUUGGAGCUGAUUGAUCUCUUGGAUGAAUGAGCGUUUCUUUUAAAUGAUCUGUGUUGACCAUGGCGAUGAACCAAAUGCAGGGUCUUCGCAUUUAAUGGGCUUGACGCGGUACAUGCAUGUUUGCAGUGACAAGAAGACAUUGAAACGCUGGUUUUUCAUUGACAAGAGGGUUGGUUAAGUGCUCAGUUCUGUGGAAAAUUCUGCAUUCUUGUGCACUGACUUUGUGUAGCUUCUAACUGCUCUUACAACGAGACUUGAGGGGGAGGGAGAGUUGUGUCCUGUUGAUGGAUUUGAAGACAGGCCUCAACUCACCUGUUCUUGCUGAUCAUCUCCCUACAGCCUUGCCUGCUGCUGUAAUGACUUUCACAACUCCUACUAGCUUCCCCUCUCCGGGGCUUUGCUUGAAUACUACCAAGAAGAUACCUCUGCCUGGUAAGGUCGAAGAAGUUCGUGCCACUGGAUGGCUCGACCUCAUGAUGGCCUCAUCACCUACCCGCAAAAGACAGAUCAAGGAUGUCGUCAAUGACACUCAAGCUGAUGAUCUCGAUUUGCAAUAUCAUAACUGGAUGGUGGACUAUCCUUCUGCUUUGACCUCAUUUGAGACAAUUACUGAUCUUGCUGGGAGUAAAAGACUGGCAUUGUUUCUUGACUAUGAUGGAACUCUUUCGCCAAUUGUGGACAAUCCUGCAAAUGCAUUAAUGUCAGAUGAGAUGCGUGCUGCUGUUAGGCAUGUGGCAUCACUUUUCCCAACUGCAAUCAUUAGUGGAAGGUCUCGUGAUAAGGUUUUUGACUUUGUCAAGCUUAAUGAACUGUACUACGCCGGAAGUCAUGGGAUGGACAUAAUGGGCCCUGUUAGGAAGACUGCUGACUCCAAUGGUGUGGAAUGUAUUCGGUCCACUGAUUCGCAGGGUAAAGAGGUCAACCUGUUCCAACCUGCAAGUGAGUUUUUACCCAUGAUCACUGAGGUGUAUGAAAAACUUGAUGAGAGUGUCAAGGACAUUGUUGGUGCCAGGAUGGAAGACAACAAGUUCUGUGUGUCUGUGCAUUACCGUAAUGUGGCAGAAGAAGACUAUAAAAAGGUUUUCCAGCGUGUAACUGCUGUUUUGGAAGAUUACCCUUGCCUAAGGCUAACCCAUGGAAGGAAGGUUUUUGAGGUCCGUCCUGUGAUUGAUUGGAACAAAGGUAAAGCUGUGGAAUUUUUACUUGAAUCGCUUGGGCUCAAUGAGAGUGAAGAUGUUCUCCCUAUCUAUGUUGGAGAUGACAGAACUGAUGAAGAUGCAUUCAAGGUGCUGAAGGCAAGCAACCGUGGCUUUGGAAUAUUGGUGUCGUCUAUACCCAAGGAGAGCGAUGCCUUCUACUCCUUGAGGGAUCCAGCUGAGGUGAUGGAUUUCCUGAGAAAGCUUGCAGCUUGGAAGGAGCAAUCCACCUGAGAGUGGAAGAACAUCGCUGGGGUUGGUCUGGAGAAGAACCAAGAGUAUAAAUAUUAGCAAGAUAUAUACCGCUAACCAAAUAAGUCGGCUAUUUGGAGGAGUCAGGCCAAAAUGUUUUUGAUUUGGCAUUUUAUAAGAGGCUAUUGCAUUUUGCUACUUUUCUGUCCCACUUUGUUCUCGUGUCAGGGUUUCUGAAGCAAUUGAAUUCUUUCAUUAUUUAGGUUCCUUUAGUAUAUACGGAGAUAUUCUUGAAAGAAUUGUGGUUCCUGCUAGUGUUUCGCGGUCUCGGCAGUUUUGCUCUAGGUAAUUGUCUAUUCCACAUUGUAUUCGUGAAGAUGUAAAGAACUGGUUCUUUGUUUAAACAACGCUUAGCUGUCAAUGUGCUCUAAAAUGCAAGUUGUGAGCACGGA